AUGGUAUGUCAUUCUGUAGGUCAAGCCAUACGAAAAUUCCAAACCGUGGCUGCCAAUUGGGUCAGAUGCCGAACUGUUCGAGAACUUAUACAAGCGUUACAACACGCAGAAAAAUUAGAUAAGGAUGCAGUCACUUCUCUAGAACAACAGUCGAGACAGUUGCUCUCAAACGAUCUGAGAGAAGCAGCUAUGCUAGCAUUAACACUCCAAAAUUUUGGCGGUGAUGGGAAGAAAUUGCUAGAAGAGGUAAAGGCAUCACCAGGUGAUGCCAAUCUGGAUAUCAUGUUCAGAGCAUUGGCAGAAUGCGGUGCAGCAGAGCCACCGUUCCCAGCAUCGGAAGCAUUUGACGCCCAAGGAGCCUUGGAACAACCAAGGCAGGUGUACAACUUCAUAUGCGCAGCAUGUACUUUCCAAAAAAGAGGUGGACAAGUUGAUAUUAAUCGACUUAUUAUGCGUCUAAAGGAUAUGAACCUACAAGAAUUCAAUACGAUACAAAUAAUGCAAAUGGCUGCAGGACUAGCUGCAAUCGACCCAACAAUACAUGAACAAGUUUUAAAAACGCUAUGUGAUGAGCUAUCCACACGCAAACUCAAUGAAGUGGAUAUAUCGGAUCUAGUAGAAGCUAUGGCGCAAAUUUCAAAGUAUUACCAACACAUAACUCUGAUUAACGUAUUCGAGGAGACAAUGAAGCUCCAUUGCGCGGAACACGCACUGCUGCCACAUGAUAUCUGCUUGGUACUAUAUACCCUAUCGCGGUACAGGACGGGUAACACACUGUUAAUGGAUCGUUUGUCUGUCAAUAUAAGACGGGAUGCUGGCAGUUACAACAUUGAGCAGCUAUCCAGAAUUAUAGUGGCUCUCUCGCAGAUAGGGUACCAUAAUAAACCAUUGGUGGCAAUAAUAGCACGCAUGGUACUGACCAUUAUCGAUCCAGAGAUGACAGCGGAUGUACAGCUGCUCACCAACUUAUACACGGGAUUUUCACGAUUCCUACAACAUAAACGGCUAUUCGACACAUUCUCGGCUAUACUACGUAAGGAAGAAGUUCUCGCAGACUUACAGGUACACGAUGCCGUGGCCAUCGUUCAAUCGUACGCAAGGGUACAUGUGGUCGACGAAAAACUCUUCGCAUUGUUGGAUGCGAAAUUAUUUACAAAACCAAUGAACACAAACCUGAGCAUGAAACUGCUUGUGGCACAUGGAAAGUUGCGGUACUCUAACCCAAGGCUACAACACGCACUAGUGAACAAUAUCAACCUACAGGAAAUCAAUUCAACCAUUGACCGCGAGGUAAGCGUUCAUGAAAAGGAAAGGAGUGCUAUAUUAUGUAACAUUUAUGCAAAAGGUACAGUUGAUUCGUGUGAUACUAGUGAAUAUCACGUACUCACUCAACGCAGAAGCUGA